UUACAGACCUAGUUAUAAUUUUAACAUAAAGAGCAACGAUGUCUGAUAUCUCGACCAUAUAUAAGAUAUCUAUCAUCGUAUUUGCAUUGUUUUUUUGUGUUUCCGGUUCUGGAUGUCCGGUUCUGGAGUGCUGGUUUGUUCAGGAGAAACCGGGUCAUGGAGGGGGCUUCUCAGUACUGAUGAGUCAAGAGAAAUCUCUAAUGUUCAUCAGAACUGAAGCGUUCAGUGAAGAAGCAGGUCUUCAUCCUCCUGCAGACAUCAGUCCAUCCAGGAUUUACUAUGUGACCGAUCCAGCUGGCUUGUUCUGCAGUGCUGCUCUGAAUCCACACAAAGGCUCUGUGAACAAACCCAAGUGUGAGAUUAACCCUUUCAUGCCUCACACCUCCAUGGUCAGAUGGGCGUCUGCUCUCACUGACUCCGCCCAAAGCCCAGUCUACCUGCAAGCUGAUUGGUUCUCAGUGGCAGCACAAGGACUUGACGAGCAGCUCACGCUGUCCAAUAUAAUGAGAGCGCCUUCAGCUUCUAAAGAGCUGAAAGUCAUUCUGAGUGUGUCCAGCAAGACUCCUGUGGUCCGCUCUAGACUGGGAGAAGCGGUUCUGUUGGACUGUGGGUUCUGGGUUGAUCCGUCUUCUCCGGUUCACGGCUCUGGAUUCUCUGUCGAGUGGCGCUAUCAGUUCCGGGGUGAAGGACGGCUGGUCCUCGCUUACGAUGGCAAGAACGAUCGGUUUGCAGAGACAUCAGAGACCGGAGCAGAUAUUGACAUCCCAGGCCUCUAUGAGACAGGAAACGCAUCACUGAUUCUGGAAGAAGCUCAAGUGAGACACUCAGGAACUUACAUCUGCACGGUCUAUCUUCCUCACCUGCUGGCUCAGGUAGCUGUGGACCUGGAGAUAGUUGAGCCUCCGUCUCUCUCCAUCUACCCGUCUCCUCUUCCUCUGCUGGUUCCUGGGCAGGUGCUGCUGGUUCAGUGUGAGGCGUCUGGUUUUGCUCCUCACACUCUGGAUCUGAGCUGGGAGUUCAGUGGGGCAGACGGGACGUCCCGCUCUCUGGGUCAGGGCAGUGUAACGGGUCACAGACAGGCGUCUGAUGGCACCUUCAGUCAGAGCAGCCGUCUGGAGCUUGGAGAUGUCACCUGUGUAGCCAAACAUGAGGGAGGAACACGACGAGCUGCUGCUGCACUCAGUGUGAUCGGUGUCAGUGCUCCUUCUAUUGAGGACUCGAUGGCGAUGGUUGCUGUUGCACUUGUUCUUUACGGCACGAUAAAGUUUCUUUCCUGGACAUUCAGCUCUUCUGACUCCAGUGACACAAAUUUAAAGGAUAAGAAGGAGAAGUAAAUCUGGACCUGGAGGGGAUUUUAAAGGCUGAAUAGAGUGCAGUGAAACUGGUCUUGUAAAAAACCUUUCAGAAUAGUUGAAUGUGUGGAGUUUCAGACUUUGCUUAAGAUUUGUAGACUGCUGUACAUGUGUUCGGGUUGGUUUUGCUGUGCACGUUUUUUUAUUUUUAUUUAAAGAUUUUAAAUGUCAGUUGUAGAAAAUGC